AUGGCCUCCCACCAGCAACACCCUCCUUCAGAACGGGGUGGGCGCAGCAGUCAGGGCGGCCAUCCAGCGUCUCCACCACGGCCUUUGCAGGGCCGAGUAGGCCCUAGGCCCGGCCCUUCUGGGCAGACGCGUACAGAGAGCGAUAGUGAGGCGGACGAUGAGGAGGAGGACGAGGAGGGGAACGAGGAAGAGGGUGAUGGGGACGAAGAGGGGAGCGGGGAUGAUAGUGAGCCGGGGUGGACGCCCGAGACGCAUGGCAGAGGGGAAAGGAGGGGUGAUGAAGAUGAGGAGAUGGAAGGGUUGGAGCCAGAGGGGGGGAAGAGGAGGGGGUGGGUGAGGGAGGAGGGGUAG